AUGCAGAGUCUGCGGCUGCGGACAACAGCUGGGAACGAAGACGAGGAAGAGGAGGAAGAGGCCAGGAAGCAGGAAGGCGGCUGCACACCCGGGCAGGAAUCUGAAGGGAAGCCCCUCAAGAAGCCCUCCAUGCCUGGUGUGAGCGUCCAGCAGCUGGUGGAGGAGAUCCCCGAAGGCGGCAGCCUGCCUGGCUUUGAGCGGAAGCCCGUGACCUUGGCUCUGCAGGAGGGGAAGAAUGCCAUCUUCCGGGCAGUGGUCAGUGGACAGCCCAUGCCUGAGGUGCGCUGGCAGAAUUCCCAAGGUGACCUCAGUAACUCCAGCAAGUACCAGAUCUCGGCUGCUGGCAGCAAGGAGCACACGCUGCAGAUCAACAAGCUGAUGGGUGAUGACUCGGACCUGUACCGCUGCACAGCAGUGAACAUGUACGGGGAAGCCACAUGCUCAGCUAGACUCACCGUCAUUGAAGUGGGCUUUCGGAAGGGCCGGAAGAGACAGAAUGAACCCCAAGAGGAUCUCAAGAAAGAACUGGUAGACUUCCGGAAGAUGCUGAAGAAGAGGGCCCCGCCUCCAGCCCCAGAGAAGAAGGUGGAUCUGGAGCAGGUGUGGCAGCUGCUGAUGACAGCAGACAGGAAGGACUAUGAGCAGAUCUGCAUGAGAUAUGGCAUCGUUGACUUUCGGGGCAUGCUGCGCAAGCUGCAGGAGCUGAAGAAGGAGCAGGAGGACAAGAUGGCCCAGUACGUCACUGCCGUCUCCAACCUGAGGCACAUCAGAGUCACCAAGGAAGGGGUGGCCACAUUUGAUCUGGAGUUGGAGCUCAGAGAUCUUGAGAGCAAGAUUUACCUGUACAAGGAUGGAGGGAUGAUCCCCUAUGGCUCUGACAACCAGACCAGGCACUGCUUGCGGCGACUGGGGAAGCGCUACCAGUUCCAGGUGCAGGACCUGCGACCCGAGGAUGCUGGCAUCUAUCAGAUCAGGGUGGAGGACACCGUGGUCUUCUCCACGGAACUGCAAGCCAGUGCCAUCCCUGCCCAGGCGGUGGUCCCACUGGCUGACGUCCACUGCAAGGAGCAGGGCGACGCCGUCUUUGAGUGCACGCUCUCCAGCCCCUGCCCCAAUGCCACUUGGCAUUUCCAGCACCAGCCACUGUGGCCCAGUGAUCGGCAUGAGGUGUCUGUGUCACCCGAUGGCCUGACCCACCGGCUGGUUGUGAGAGGGGCCCAGCUCUCAGACAGGGGUCUUUAUUCACUGGGCACUGGGCUCCAUGCCUCCAGCGCCUGGCUGGUGGUAGAAGUGGGAUUUGGGGAUAGAGGCAGUCUCAAAGUCUCAGAGUCCCUGGAGACAGUCAGGGACAGAGGCUAUAAGGAUGGCCCUGGGGGGCCAGGAGCUAUGAGGGCAGGAGGUAGAAUGGGUGAUGGGGAGGGGCGUGGGCUCCUCGGUGCUCAGGCCUCUGCAGCUGAGACUGGGGGUGAAGGAGGCUACAGGGGAGGCCCAGGUGGGGCUGGCGGAGUAGGGUCAGGGGAUGAAGGGGGUUACAGGGGAGGUCCAGGUGGGACUGGGGCGAUGGGGCCAGGGGGUGAAAGAGGCUAUAGGGGAGGCCCAGGUGGGACUGCGGGGAGUGAAGGAGGCUGCAGGGGAGGCCCAGGUGAGACUGGGGGAAUGGAUCCAGGGAGCGAAGGAGGCUAUAGGGGAGGCCCAGGUGGGACUGGCGGAGAAGGGUCAGGGGAUGAAGGGGGUUACAGGGGAGGCCCAGGAGGCUAUAGGGGAGGCCCAAGUAGGGUUGGCUUGGGCCCUGGUACUGCUGGCGGGAUAGAGUCAGGAGAUGAAGGAGGCUAUAGGGGAGGCCUGGGUGGUUCUGGCGUGAUGGGUCCAGGGGGUGAAGGUGGCUACAAGGGAAGCCCAGGUGUGGCUGGGAAAGCAGGGCCAGGGGGGCAGAUGCGCAGUGGACAUGGUUCAGACAAGAUUGGAGAACUGGGCUCAUGGUCUGGAAUGAGGCAUGAAGCUGGACUCAGUGGCCAUGAAGCCAGGGAUGGGGUGGGCUCCAAGAACAGUUUUGGAGACUGUGGCAUCUUAGGGAGCCCUAAGGCCCAGGGUGCUGCUGGUUCCAGGGGACAGGAAGGGGUCCGAGUGUGGCCUGAUGGCUCUGGGACCACAGGCUCCAUGGGGUACAGCUUGGAAGACCAGGGCUUUGGCCACAGCAACAUGAGGCCUGGGGUCCAGCUCUCAGGCUCCAGAGCUUACGGUUCACUCCAUGAGACAGAGGCCACUUUGGGGGGAACCCACAAGGGGCCAGGGGGCUCACAGGGCAGAGAAGGCGCGACAGGGCAAGAGGUGGCCAGGAGAGCCCAAGGUCCUGCAGCACUAACCAGGGACAAGGUGCAGGGAGCGGGAGAGUCUGGCAGGUUAGACCAGAGACCUGGGGCAUGGAUAAAGUGGUCGAAAGCUCAGGCAGGGGCUGAAGUUGGAGUACCCGAGAGGAGGGAUGUGGAGGAGGCUAGAGGCAAACGGCAGCCACCUGGAGGGGAGCAAGGGGGGUGCCCGGGGGAGUCUCUGAGUGAAGCCCAGAGCCAGCAGCCCCCAAAGCCCUUUGGUAGCCAGGGUGGCCACUCAGACGCCCACAGCAUCAGCCCUGCAGUCACCAGGAGUCCCAGGGCCAGAGACAAGGCCAGUGUGGGUGCCCUCUCCACGGAUGGCCAAGGCUGCAGGGACUACUUCUCCCAAGGCCUGGCUGAUGUGGAGGUGCAACAGGGGGAAGCCGCCACAUUUUCCUGUACCCUCACCAGCGACCUGGGGUCCGGCACAUGGUUUAAGGAUGGGGUUAAGCUUACCGCCCAGGAUGGGGUCAUCUUGGAGCAAAAAGGCCUGGUGCACAGACUUGUCAUUGCCGCCGUGCAGGGGACCCAGGCAGGGAAGUACACAUUUAUGGUUGGUGACCAGCAGAGCGAAGCUACCUUGACCGUCCAGGACCCCCCCACCAUCUCUCUGGAUGUGCUGGAGAAGCUGAGAGAGCCCCUGGUGGUCAAGGCCGGCAAGCCUGUGACCAUGAAGAUACCUUUCCAGAGCCGCCUUCCUGUGCAGGCCGCCUGGAGCAAGGAUGGGGCCGAGGUGCUGGGCAGCGGCCGCCAGGGUGCCCAGGUGGCCCAAGGGAAUGACUACACGCGCCUGUGCCUGCCGAGCGCUAGGAGGAAGGAUGCUGGCCAGUACAGUGUGACACUGAAGAGCCAAGGAGGCUCCACACAGGCCCACCUCACCCUGCAGGUCCUAGACAAGCCUCAGCCCCCGCUGGGCCCCCUGGAGGUGCAGGACUGCCGUGAGGCUGGGGUCUGUCUACGCUGGCAGCCCCCACGGGAUGACGGGGGCCGGGCCGUGGAGCAUUAUGUGGUGGAGAGGCGCCAGGCUGGCAGGAGCACAUGGCUGAAGGUGGGGGAGCCUCCCCCAGACUGCACCACCUUCAUGGACAAUGGUGUCAAGCGGGGCCGGAAGUAUGCCUUUCGUGUGCGGGCUGUGACCUCCGAGGGAUCCGGGGAGGCCCUGGAGUCUGAGGAGCUGCUAGUGGCACCUGAAGCCCUCCCGGGGGCCCCUUCCUGCCCCACCAUUGUGUCGGCCUCCAGCCGGGGCAUCACACUGACAUGGACGGCACCCCGUAGCAGUGCCCACAUCCUGGGCUACCUGAUCGAAAAGCGCAAGAAGGGCAGCAGCACCUGGACAACUGUGAAUGACCAGCCCGUGGCCGACAGGAGGUGGACAGUGGAGGACGUGCGGCAGGGCUGUCAGUAUGAGUUUCGUGUCACAGCGGUGGCUCCUGCAGGCCCUGGAGAGCCUGGGCCCCCAUCAGAAGCUGUCUUCGCUUCGGACCCCCUGAGACCUCCAGCGCCCGUGCAGGAUCUCCGGGUCACAGACACCUCCAACACCAGCAUCACUGUGAGCUGGACUGGGCCCGACACACAGGACGGCGACGAGGCCCAGGGUUACGUGGUAGAGCUAUGUGGCUCCGACAGUCUCCAGUGGAGCCCAUGCCACUCGGGGACUUUGGCAGCCACCACCUUCACAGCCAAGGGGCUUCGGCCCCAAGAGGGGUACUAUGUGCGAGUGACAGCAGUCAACGCAGGGGGCCGCAGCCAGCCCGUGGCCCUGGACACGCUGGUGCAUGCCAAGCCUGUGGCUGUUGGCCCCAGGUUCCUGAUGGACUCCAGCAUGAGCCAGUCGCUGACAUUCAGGGUUGGGGAUACCAUUCGUGUGCCUGUCACCUUUGAGGCUUCCCCCAUGCCUGAGGUCGUGUGGCUGAAGGACGGUGCUCCCUUGCCCAGAAGGAGCGUGACAACCACCAAGGAUGGCCUCACUCGGCUGCUGAUCCCCACAGCCAGCCUCUCGGACAGUGGCCGCUACUCCGUGAUGCUGAGGACGUCCGAGGGCAAGGAGAUCAACCACCGCUUUCUCAUCACAGUGGCAGCGCGCCCACAAGCCCCAGGACCGGUCCGCCUGCAGGGGAACAUGCUGGGGACGGUGACAGCUGAAUGGGAGCCGUCGCCGGAUGAAGCCCAGGGACCCCCCCUCUACUACACUGUGCUGAUCCGCUCCACAGACCAUGGACCCUGGAGGGAAGCGGCCAGUCGCGUGCACACUAACCAUUUUACUCUCCUGGGUGUGCUCCCCGGCCACGAGUACUACUUCCGUGUGGUGGCCAAGAACGAGCUGGGGGUCAGCGAACCUUCAGACAGCCAGCCCUGGUGCACCCCGCGAAGGCGAGAGAAGUUCACCAUGAGGGCCCCGAGCUACAAGGAGCCUGACCUGCGUCAGAAGCCGCGCUUCCUGGUGGGUUUGCGUGUGCACCUGCUGCCACAGGGCUGUGAGUGCCGCAUGAGCUGUGCCGUGCAGGGCUGGCCCCGGCCCCGUGUCACCUGGUAUAAGAAUGGCCAGAGCCUGGACAGGAACCCCACCGUGUAUAGCACCGACGUGCAGGGCGUCUGCUCCCUCGUCAUUGCCAACGUGGGCCCCGAGGACAGUGGCCAGUACAAGGCUGUGGCCGAGAACCCACUGGGCCAGGCGGUCAGUGUGGCCACCCUCAUUGUCACAGAACCUGACUUCUAG